AAAACACAACAAUCUCUGUCAUCCAUUAUUUUUCCAUGAUGAGGUCGUUGAAUUAUUCUCUCAUCACAUUAAUUUUACACUUGCAAUACUGUCAUCCAUUGUUUGACAUAAAACGCUCAAAACUACUACUACGAAGUGAGGCGCCACCUAGGCACCAACCAUACGUGUGCGAGGGUGACAUUUCAACAUGGCAGCGACGACCACCGGUGCGUCGACCGAGUGGCUGUCGCCGCCGGAGCUCAUGGAGAACCUUCCGUCACAGCAGCAGGUUGUGCUGUUCGCGAGCCCCGGCGCGGGCCACCUCAUCCCACUGGUGGAGCUCGCGCGGCGGCUCGCCAUGGACCACGGCUUCGCGGUCACGCUGGUCAUGCUCACCGGCAUGUCCGACCCGGCCAACGACGCCGCGGUGCUGUCCUCGCUGCCGUCCUCCGUCGCGACCGCGGUGCUCCCUGCUGUGUCCCUCGACGACCUGCCCCCGGACGUCGGCUUCGGUACCCUCAUGUUCGAGCUCGUCCGCCGCUCGCUGCCACACCUCCGCGCGCUCAUGGACGGCGCCAGCGGCCGCGGCCCGGUGACCGCGCUCGUCUGCGACUUCUUCGGAACCGCGGCGCUGCCGCUCGCCGCGGAGCUCGGCGCGCUGGGGUACGUCUUCUUCCCCAACAGCUUCGCCAUGAUCUCCAUCAUGCGCCACAUCGUGGAGAUCCAUGGCGACGCCGCCCCCGGCGAGUACCGUGACCUCCCGGACCCGCUCCCGCUCCCUGGAGGCCCGCUUCUCCGCCACGCCGACCUCCCCGACGGGUUCCGGGAAAGCGAAGACCCCGUGUACGCCUAUCUCGUUGAGGAGGCGCGGAGAUACGGCCGCGCCGAUGGCUUCUUGGUGAACAGCUUCGAGGAGCUGGAGGUCGCCAUGGCGGACAUGUUCAAGCGGGACGCCGAGGACGGCGCGUUCCCUCCGGUGUACCCUGUGGGGCCCUUCGUCCGGUCAAGCUCCGGCGACGAAGCCGAUGAAUCGGGAUGCUUGGAAUGGCUGGAUCGCCAGCCGGAGGGCUCAGUGGUAUACGUCUCCUUCGGCACCGGUGGCGCGCUGUCCGUGGAGCAGACGGCCGAGCUCGCCGCCGGGCUGGAGAUGAGCGGCCACAGGUUUCUUUGGGUCGUGCGCAUGCCGAGCCUCGACGGCAACCCCUGCGCCCUGGGGACGAUCCCCGGCGACAAGGACGACCCACUGGCGUGGCUUCCCGAGGGAUUCGUGCAGAGGACGAGCGGCCGGGGCCUCGCCGUCGUGGCGUGGGCGCCGCAGGUGCGUGUGCUGUCUCACCCGGCGACGGCGUCCUUCGUGUCGCACUGCGGCUGGAACUCGACGCUGGAGAGCGUGGCGGCCGGCGUGCCGAUGGUCGCGUGGCCACUGUACGCGGAGCAGAAGACGAACGCGGCCAUCCUGACCGAGGUGACCGGCGUGGCGCUGCGGCCGGCGGCGCGCGGCCACGGCCAGUACGGGUUGGUGACGCGCGAGGUGAUCGCGGCUGCGGUGAGGGAGCUCAUGGAGGGGGAGGAGGGAAGCGCGGUGCGCGGCCGGGCGAGAGAGCUGCGUGAGGCUUCGAAGCGGGCGUGGUCGCCGGAAGGGUCUUCCCGGCGGGCGAUGGGGGAGGUCGCCGGCAAGCUGAAGGCUGCACUUGUCAACGGGAAUGGAUCGACGGCAUGAUUCGUUUUCUUCCCGUGAAUCAGAGGAGAUAAAAACUAAAUUUUCUAUUAAUUUGAGUAAUUUUUAUUCUCCUCAGUACCAUUCAUCAGUGGGUCAGUGGGUGCGGUAAUUAUGGUUUAUGGACUAGGAGUACUCUAUAUUUUUUUUUUGCUUGCGUACGUGUUUCUCUUCACCUAAGAUAAUUUUAUGAAAAGAAAUCUAUCGGAUGCCUUAGGUUCUGUUUAGUUGAGCUGUGAACCGUGAAAAAGCUAUUGUAAGCUAUGAAAAAAAAAAUCAUUAUGAGCUAUGUGCUAUAAAAAAGUUAUAAGUUGUUUGGUUAAAACAAUUAUAAAACCUCUCUCUCUCUUAACAACUAAAAAAAGUCUCUAUUUUC